UUGAUGAAUAGAAAUUUCAAAAGAUACUGCAGCUUUUGAUCAAUUUAAUGCAUACUUGCUAAAUAAAAGUAAUAAUUUCUUAGAAAAAGAGAAAGUCUUACUUACCCCAAACUUUUGAACAGUAGGGUAUAUACAGUUAAAGAUUAACUGUUGAUUUUUUUUCACUUUCUCCUAUCCGAGUUUAAUAUGCAAAGCCAGCUGUUAGUAAUACAUUUUGUUGAUUUGCCAAAGAGUAUAAACAAAGGUUUUGUGGCACUUUCAAAGCAUUGCUGUUUCGGGGCCCAACAUGUUCACUUAUAGCUUAAGCAAUGGCAAGCAUUUGGGGCAAGGCUGCCUGUAAUAAGCUGUUUAUCGGGAAAUUGACUACGAAGGGAUGGGUGGAAGGGUUUGAAACAAUCAUUAUUGUCAUUUCACUUGGUAGUGCAAAUGACAGCAGACUGGUGCACUUAAAAACAUGGGAAUAAUCUGCAGUGUUUUGAUAAUCAUAAUACACCUGGCAUUAUAUUAUAGAUGUCUGGAUGGAAGCUACAUAGAAUUAUAGUACCUAUUUUUAUAGAGAGUAAUAUGGAUUUUAACCAAAGAUACUGACAUUGUAUUGCCUUUAUGUCACUAGGGGGCAUUAGAGUAUUUUGUAUUCAUGUUCUGCUGUCCUUAAAAAGUGUCCAUUUUCUAUCUAUUUUAAGAAUAUUUAGCAUGUUUUUAAUAGAAAUAUUUUAAUACUGGCAGAUAACAUAUGAUAUUAUUAAUGUACAGUUAGUUCUGUGAUGUCCAUGAUUGUCAACCUGAUGUUAAAAAAAGCAUGUAAACAUGUAAGAAAAAAAGAUGCAAAUUUAUUGUUUGAAAAUGUUGUCAUCUUUUAUUCACUCUCGUGUUGUUCCAAAUUUGUAUGACUCUUUUGCAGAACACAAAAGAAUAUAUUUUGAAGAAUGUUGGGGUGAGUAAAUGAUGACAGAAUUUUUUUUUUUUUUUUUUGGUGAACUACCUUUUUAAUGAGCUAUAAGGCUAAAUAAAAUCCAGAGGUGGUGUUGUGACAUUUGUGUGUGUGUGACUUUGUUUUUUUAUAUUUGUAUUUUAAUGUAUAAAUGUAAUUGGUAAGGAUGAGAAAAUGUUGGCAGACACAUUGACCAUUAAAAAUACCCAACUCCUCCCACAAAAUUCUGGGCCUUGAUUUUGUCUUUAAACAACCAGUGGCUUAUUGAAUUAGAGGAAGCUGGCUUUUCUUCCUCAGGAAACUUGCAGAGGAAACAAAAGGAUUUGAAGUACCCAUUUUGCUAUAGAGACUGGACUGGAUAUUGUCUGUUCUAAAAGUACAGAACUAACCUGUACUGGUGCUGUGGUAGGAGAGGGGGUCCGGUUUUGGUCGGUCCGGAGGGGAUGGAUACCUUUCUGACCUCUUUUGUACUGAUACUCACGUGUGUCCAGUGCUCAGCUCAGAUACUCUCUCCGACCGGGAAAAACGUCUGCCCCAGUGUCAGGGAUUCUUCUACCAUAUGUUGUUCUGGAUGGGGCCAGAACGGUGACGAAUGCACUGUCCCCCUCUGUGAGGGAGAAAGGGCCUGUCUGCAGGAUGAAGUGUGUGUUUAUCCUGGACUUUGUCGAUGUAAACCUGGGUUUUACGGGUACCAGUGCAAAACCUCUUGUCCUCCUGAAUUUUGGGGGCCGGAUUGUCGAGAGGUCUGUCCCUGUCACCCUCAUGGGCUCUGUGACCCAGUCACUGGUGUGUGCUCGUGCCUGCCCAACCGCUGGGGCAACCUGUGCCAAAACAGCUGCAAAUGUGGACGUCAUGGGAAAUGUGACCCUGUCUAUGGCAACUGCACCUGUGAGGAGGGCUGGUGGACGUCCACUUGCUCCAAAGCCUGUCAGUGCCACCUUGCCACUUCCACUUGUGACCAAGCCACAGGACGCUGCCUGUGUAACAAAGGCUUCUGGGGCCAAAGGUGCAGCCUGCGAUGCAACUGCUAUGUGUCCCCUUGCCAGCAGCACACAGGGACCUGUCAGUGCCAGCGUGGCUGGUGGGGUCCGUCCUGUGAUCGCCGCUGCAUUUGUAAUCUCAGCCAUGCGGACUGUGACGUGCAAACUGGCACCUGUCUGUGCUACCCUGGUUACAAAGAGCCAUUUUGCAAUGAGCCUUGUGACAGUGGAAAGUAUGGCAGUGGCUGUAGGAGAAGCUGUGGACACUGUGAAGGAGGCAGGUCUUGCUCUAAAGAGGAUGGCCUGUGUGAUGCCUGUGCACCAGGGUGGAAUGGCACUCGCUGUGACCAGCCGUGUCCUGCAGGUUAUUAUGGCUAUCGCUGCCAUAACGUUUGUCCGCGUUGCAGAAACAUGGACCCAUGUGACACAGAAACUGGAGCAUGCUUACAUUGUGAUCCUGGUUGGACUGGACCGAGAUGUGAAAAACCCUGCACAGAUGGUACAUACGGAGAUGGCUGUCGUUUCCUGUGUAAAACCUGCCAUCACGGCCACUGUGACCAUGUGACAGGAAGUUGCAUUUGUCUUCCUGGCUUCCAGGGUGAGAGCUGUAACAGCACAUGUCCUCCUAACCUAUAUGGCAUGAACUGCUCUGCUACAUGUGACUGUGGGAAUCAUGCCUGCCAUCCAGCCACAGGAGCUUGUCCAAACAGUAGCAGGGCAGGUCUAUUAGCAGGGCUUUUGAUUCCCUUGUGCAUUUUAAUACUUGCACUGUUGUUCUGCUGCUGCUGUUGUGGGCGGCCCGUCGAAGGGAAGGAAGGAGUGGCGGUUGGAGAUGGCAGUCCUGCGGUUCGCGUGAAGCAUCAUGUUUAUACUGUGCUUGCCAACAUGGGUUCAGCAAUGCCGUGCAUUACUCUUUGGUCAUCUGGUUUGCCUAGGGUUACAGUCUCUCAUCAUGAUCCUGAGCUCACAUUUAACCACAGCUUCAUUGAGCAGCCAUCGUCCGGCUGGGUGACGGGCUCAUUUGAAACUGAUGAUGAAGGAGAGGCCAUCUACUGUGAACCACCCAGGGAAGAUGUUCUUACUGUGGCCGGUGGUGAGCUUCAGGAGCUGAGCUCUAAGUGUAACUUCUUCCCUGACCCAUCAACCUUCAGCAGUGACGACAUGUCACAGGAUUUUGGUAUCCCUCGUACCUCCAGCAUUGCCAAAUCCAAACGUCCUUCAGUCUCUUUUACAGAGCACAAAAAUCACAUCUAAAAAGAGCCCUAACUCCACACAAUAACUCAAAACCUGAAAAGAACAAGUCGGAAACCCAAGGCCUGGGGCGUGCUGAUGAUCUCUGCCCUGCAAGGAGGACAGGGAAACCACAGUGAAAAAGAAACAGAAAAAGAAGAGAAAAACAACGAUGAGACCAUCUCCUCUGAGGAGCAAGCAGCUGAAUCUGAAACAACACAAAAUGACUCGGACAGAUGCAGUCCUGGCCUGCUAAGAACUCACCUCACUGUGCCCAGUGGGAGACAACGUACACAUUCCAAUACCAGGAAGAAUGCCCAACCGUCUGAUAGCAGCCAGGAUACAGAUUCAGAGAAGUUAACAACUGUAUAUGUAACUGUGGGUAAGACCCAAAAGAUGGCAAAGCAAGAGCCCCCCUCGGAAGGGCCUGUUCAGUCGAUGCUGCGCAGACUGGGCAGCCUACAGAGACAAAGAGAGGAGGCCGCCCAGCCCAAAGGAAGGGGGCAGGCGAUCGCCAAGCCACCGCGGAGGAAACUGGGAGCGCAGGCCAGUGCGUGGGCGCAAGCUACAGGGUCAAACCAGUCAGAGGUGGUCAUGAGGAAACCUAGCCGCAGGAAGCACAACUCCCUCAGCUCUCCCUGCACAGUGGGGGCAACAGACUACCCUCAGGAGAACUGCACCCCCAAGAGGCCAUUGUCCUCCGUUUUAAAAAGUGUUCCAGAGAGUGAUACACUCCAUAGUUUGGAGAUGGAACAAGACACUGGAGUAGUUUGUGAGACAGACACUCUGACAGAGCACGCUUACGAGACUGUGGCUUCAUCUGAUAGGGUCUCCACAUCUUCAGAGAUUAUUAUUAAUGAGACAGUUGUGGACCAAGCAGAAAAUGAGCAAAAUUAUGAGAAUGUUUAUGUAAAGCAUUCAUAAUAUUCCUGAAUCUUAAAGUUUAUGAUUUAAAGGGCAAUAAAGUGUUUUUAGUACUGUA